UAAAACAUUAUUUUGAAUAUUACAUCAAUAAUGUGGUAAUCUAUAACCAAAUACUUGCUUUGUAUUUAGGCUAUUAUACAAUGUUCAAUGUACAAAUGUUUGAAUCAAAGAAAAUAUAACUCGGCCUUUAGUUCUAGAGCACGACUGACUACUCUGUCCAAGCUACCUUGCAGAUUGCUCACCUUGCACUGACGUGCCCUGGAGACUGCGCGCUGUAUCGAGUAUCUGCUGCCCUCGCCCAAAUGCACCACUACCAAGCGUGCUAUCCGAUCCCGGAGCACCACAAAUGACUGAAAUCAUAGUUUUGCGGGGAAAUUUUGUGUUUGACUUUGGAAUGUAUCGACCAUGAUUCACGCGUGAUGGAUCUUGAUGACUGGGACAACGACGUAUGUUACUGUAACAUAGAUCAUUGUUAAGACUUAUAAGGACGGAGUUUGGCUACUUCAGCCGUUUCUCCUGCAGAGUUGAUCUCUUUGGCUGGCUUGCUACUUCCCUCACCAGGGGAGAGCUGGCAGGGCAACCCAUAUUCAGAGGUGAUGAAGCCUCAGGAGGGCGUGCUAGUCACUGAAAUCUCCAAGCUCCAGGGCAUUGUGUCGGAGCUGAAGGCGGGCUUCUCCAACGCUCUGCAUGAACUGAGCCAGAUCCAGCAUGGGGACACCUUCCUCCGGGAGGAGCUGGAGGAGAACCGGCGCAGCUGUGAGAAGAAGGCCCUCCACCUGGAGGCGCUGGUGCAGUCCUUGAGGGAUGAGCUUGGAGAGAUGCGUUGCCAGAUUUUGCAGCUGUGCUGCAGCAGACAGAUCCCUCAACAGGAAGCAAAGGCCCCUGAUAGGGGGCCGGGCCCCGCGGCCAAGGAGAGAGAAACUGACUCAGGGCCUGGGGCAGGAAGGAGCCACUGUGAGUGUUUUUCCAGCCCACCUGUGUCGUCCCCCAGGGGCCGAGUCCUCCUCCACUGCUACCUGCAGGGGCUCAAAGCUGGGCUGUGUGAGGCUACAGAGGAACGACAGCAGCUGACCACGCAGCUUCUGCACUCAGAAUGGGAGUACGUGUCGAUCUUAAACCAGCUCUACGACAAGUACAAGACACCGCCUGUCCUGCAAAGCAACCUGGAGCCAUAUCAGACAUUUCUAAAGUUCGUGGAACAGCUGUUACAGCGACACCUGCUCUUCAGGAACACUCUGGAGGAGAGACUCUCAGCACAACACUGGAAAUGCCUUGUUGGAGACAUAUUUGUUCAACUCAUCGGCCAUAACGAUUCAUCCUUUACAGACACGUAUCAUGGAUACACAAGCACCCUGGCAGCCUUCCUCUCUUUGGAGUUUGACAGGAUUAAGCUCUCUAAGAAAAUGCACACCAUGCAGAGCUGUGAGGUGGAGAGGGAGGAACUGAAACUGCUGUCUCUGCUGCUGGCUCCUGUCUCCCGGGUACACAGUUACCUCAGCCACAUUCAGAGUUUGCUGCAGUGGACAGGGAAGGAGCACCCAGACUCCAGCCUGCUCCAGGGGAGUGAGCGCGUGCUGAGGAACAUUCUGUCCCGUUGUCAUGUGAUUCUGGAGGAGGACGUCCGAUGGGGAGAAGGUGGAGUAGCUGGACUGAGUGUCUGCUCUGAGUCAGUGCCUGCGUGCUCCGGCGCCCAGAGCUGCUCUGCCAGGAAGGCCACCCGGGAGCAGCCCAGUGGCGCUCCGCAAAGACAGGACCAACACCAUGGCAACCUCUCCAACGGCCUCUCCAACGGCUGCCAUCCUGGUGGCUGGUCUCACAGCCUGAGGAGGAAGAGCUGCAUCAGAGACAGGACCGUCCAGGAAUGUGGGCCCCCGCGCCCCGGGCCCCCUUGCUGCCUGCUGCACCCUGGGGAGCAGGGCUGGACGGGGGAGAUGACCAGCGACUCGGGCCAGGGCACCUCCAGCCAGGCCGCGAACGGAGCUAGCCGCCUGGACACGCCCCACGCGGGCCGCAGCCUGGAGGACGGCGAGACAGACGAAGCGGGCGACACCUCCGUGUUCGACUACUCCUCCGUGACCUCCUGCAGCCCUGACGGAACCCUCCGCAGCGGGGUGGAGGGCAGCAACAGCGGGGAGGAAGAGGAGGAGGAGGAAGAGGAGGACAGUCAUGUGCCGGUUCUCCUUAAACCCUCCUCCUACCCCCAGCAGCAGUUGAGGGACACCCCCAGGGAGCGCACCGUGUGCCUGCGGUGGCAGAUCCCCAGGCUCAGCCCUCACCCCCCCCAAAGGCCCUGUCUGGAGGGCUCGGCCCCUGGCCUGGGGACCUCGUAUGGAAAGAGGAUGAUCAGCAUCAGACAGGGCUCUCCUCCUCUUCUACCCAACAGUGCCUUCAGGCCAAUCUGGGACGAGCCUUACAAGCAGGGAGAGGCCUCUCCAGUGAAGGAGAACCCUCAGGGCUUUGUCCCCAUCCAGACUCAAGAGAGGCAGUUGUUUCCCAACUACCACCAGGCCCAGAGCUGCAGGUCGGGGGUGGAGGCGUCCCCCUUCCAGGACCAGCAGGGGCGCAGCCGACUGGCCAGGCGGCCGGGCGUGUGGGACGAGAGCGAGGACAGCGAGGGGCCCUGCAGCACCGUCUGAAACACGCCCGCAGACGCCACCCUCCGCCCAGACCUGCCCCAUCCCAGACCUGCCCCGUCCCAGACCUGUCCGAUCCCAGCACCCCCCUCCCUCCCAGGGGCACGGACACGGGACAGCAAGGGGACCCCCUCAAGUUUUUAGGAUCCAGAACUCUUCAAGAACACCAGCAGAUAUUCUCUUUCCCAGUGCUAUGCUGGAUGGCCGUCAGGUCAAAUAAGACACAGGGGGAGGGGACAAAAUAGUAAGUACAAAAUAAGACUGGGUG